AAUUUAUUUUUAUUUUUCACAGUUCACCUGUCAUUUUCUCUCCUCUUUCUACUCUUUUUUCUUCCUAUCCAAACCCCAAAAUUCCUCUCCUUUGUGUCCUCCGUUCCCAAAAACUUAGCUCCAAUCCCUAAUUAUUUCUAAUGUCACUUUUUUUUUCUUUUCAUUCUAUAGUUUUCUUAAAAAAUCUUUUGUUUUCAAAUUUUCAUAAAGAUUUAGGAUUCUUCAAGAAUAAAAAUUUUGAGGGAUUGAAAACAUGGAUAUUCCUCAAGAGAUCGACGACAUAAAACAAACAAUAGAAAAUUCCUUAGGUCUUCAAAUCUCCACCCAGUCUUUGCAAUUGAAACUCUGUUACUCCGAAGAAGCCCAGCGUCGCCUCCGUGACCAAUGCCUGUACCCACCCCCCCUCUGGAAAUUGAAAGAGAAAGAUCAAAUUAUUGAGCGACGCAAGGCGGAAGCGAAUAUGAAUGCGGUGGCGAUGAAGAGAUUCUUGGAGGAGAAUCAGAAUCUUGCAACGGAAUGUGCGAAUUUGUUGACUCAGUGUAAUAAAUGGGAAAGGGAGUGUUUGCUUUAUAAUCAUGAUAGGGAAGCGUUGAUGGAUUAUGGGAAUGAGGUUGAUGAGAGGGCAAAGGAAUCUGAGAUUGGAGUUCAUCAAUUGGAAGACGAGUUGGGGAAGUUAAUUGAAGAAUUAAAGUUCUACAAGCGCCAAGGGGGCAGAGCAAAGAGAAAGUUUGAAAAAAGUGGUGACAGGAUGAAAAUGGGGAGAAAAGGGGAAGCGAUGAUGCAAUCUAAAUUGUUCAGGCUAUCUCAGGCCAUACAAUGUCAAAGCCACUGCAACUUAUCUUUUUUUUUAAAGUAUUAUAUAUGCUUUUCUCUUUUUAAGACUUUGCUAGAUUCGACCACUUGAAGAUGGUUUUCGACAGAAUCGACGUCGUAUACCAGAUCCAUUUUGAGAUUUUUUUAUGAUACAGACGUCGAGCAUGGCUUCCAUUUGCUUGCCUGGGUUUUUUUUUUCUUUCUUUUUUAAUAUGAAUACUUUCAAAACAUCUCAAAAUUUCUUGCCACCUUCUACAAAUAUUAAUCAACGUUAGAUUAAAAAAUGUGACAACUGAUUCUUCUAACCCAACAUGCGAGAUAUUGUUGUAUUACUUAGACAAGAUUCAUGAAUAGGAGCGCCCUGUCAUACGAAAUGAACAAAUAACCAUGGUUGCCUUUUGGAACGGGGCAAGAGAGCAAGAAGAGUUGUAGUUUUUUCUUUCAGUUGUUAAAUUUUUAAGUCUCUAUGAAAAUCUGAUCAAUGCAUGAAGAAAAAAAAAAGUAAAAUAGGUUUUAUAUUUAUUUUUUUUUAAAAUA